UGAGUGUCAUGUGCAUCGGUGUGUGUGUGUGCAUGUUAGUUAGCAUAUAAUUUUAUAAUUUUUAAACAAAAAGCCAAAUGCACUAAUAUGUGUGGGUGUAUAUAUGUGUCAAUAUGAUUAAUAUUUAGGCAUAGAUGAUGCACACAGAUGACAAACUUAAUCAGAUGCUGAAAAAUCAAGAGCAAAAGGAAUAAAAGCUGAAAACAUUCAACACUCAAAUUGGUGGGUGACAGAGUCGGUUAACAAGAGAGCGUAGGUGCAGGUGCAGGUGGGGGGCAGGUAAACCGUGAAACGUAUGUUCGUCUGUGGUGGACAGGAAAUCAAGUCGAAGCACACACACAAUAAAUCAAUUUAGUAUUCCAAAGACGUGCCUAAAGAGAUGGCCACUGGCAGUGGCAAUGGCAGCGGAGGCAGCAGCAGCGGAACUGCCAGCACCAAUCACCAUCAUAAUAACCAUCACCUCAGCAUCGAUAUGCCAGAACAUCGGAAACGGAAUACCUUCACUAGUUAUGUAGCACCGUUACCAGGAGAUUUACGCUUAAACGAAUGGAGCUUGCCCAGCGAUCAGAGGGAUGUGCACUUGGCGAAGCCGCGUUUGCUGCUGGGCGAGCAAAUAGUGGCCUCGGCACCAGCCUAUAUGUAUUCACCCAUUGAUCCCAUGGAGAGUGCGACAAGUUCCAGCAAUUUGCUUCACAAGGAGGCUAUAUUUGGCCUGCUAAGUGUUACCAAUUUCAAAUUGGCCUUUGUUCCCUUACAAAUGGCUCGACAGGCAGCACCAAAUUCAUCUGCUUCAGCUGCCCCACUAAGUGAUCUUUAUCAGGAAAAUACAUACUUGGGACGAAAUGAAAUUACUCUCAAUAAUAUUGAUCAAAUCUAUACUGUGGCUGAACUGGGAAGAGCAGCCAGUGCUCUGCAAGCAGCACGUAUGACCAGCAGUCGACGGAAGAAGCUUGAACCGUUUAAGCAACAGACAAUUAAUGGACGCAUUGCUGCCCUCCACAUUGUGUGCAAGAAUUUUCGACUACUAAAGUUUGCCUUCCAGCAGCAGGAUUCGAAACUGAGUGGAGCGAGUGACUAUGGCAAACUGAUAGCCUCGGCUCUUAAUCGGUUUGCCUAUCCCACUCGGCAUGAUCUUAGCUUCGCCUAUGCUCAUCGUGAGGCUUACUACUAUUCCUCGCUGGGUGUGAGCGGUGUCAGCAUGUAUCAGACAAAGAAUGACUGGGCACGGGAGCUAAUUCGUUGCGGAGCCAGUGAGUGGCAAGUGGUAAGCAGUGCGAAUGUUCCGCUCUUGCAGAAUCCCCUGCAGGCGGGCAAAUAUACGGUACCGCCGCAUUUUGUUAUACCCAAAUGCUGCAGCAUCGAGAGAUAUUUGGAUCUUUCGCGGGCGUUUUGUGAUUCACGUGCAGCCUUUUGGGUCUACAGCUAUGGUAGCAGUGGAGCCGCCUCCCUGGUCAGACUGGCGGAAUUGCAGCCAGCUGCUCAGCAAGAUACCAAAGUGGAGAAUAUUAUGCUGGAACUGGUGCGCAAAUGUGAUGAACGAAAGCAAUUGAAAUUGCUACAAUUGACCGAUCGUUUGCCCAGCAUCCAGGAUGUUCAGCGUGCCUAUCAGAAACUGAGGCGUCUGUGUACACCGGAGACGCCAGAGAAAUUUAUGCUGCAGGAUGACAAAUAUCUGGGACUAUUAGAGAAGACCAAUUGGUUGUUUUAUGUCUCGCUAUGUUUACGCUUCUCAAGCGAAGCUGCUGCCACUCUAAGAUCAUCGAUAACCUGUGUUCUCCAAGAGUCAAAUGGCCGGGACUUAUGCUGUGUCAUCAGCAGUCUGACUCAACUGCAAUUGGAUCCAUAUUUUCGCAGCAUCGAUGGCUUCCAGUCGCUCAUUCAAAAGGAAUGGAUUGCUCUCGAGCAUCCGUUUCAGCGACGUUUGGGUCAUGUCUAUCCAUUGAGUGCGGGCGCCAAUGAUCAGUUCCAUGAUAGUGAACAGAGUCCAGUAUUCCUUCUCUUUCUUGAUUGUGUUUGGCAAUUGUUGCAACAGUUUCCCGAUGAAUUCGAAUUCACUCAAACGUAUUUGACCACGCUCUGGGAUUCGUGUUUUAUGCCCAUAUUCGAUACCUUUCAAUUUGAUAAUCAUGCUCAGCGUGCCCGAGCUGCAAAGGAUGGACAAUUGGUCUUACGUCCGGUUUGGGAUUGGAGUGAACAAUUCUCCGAUAAGGAUAAAAUGUUCUUUAGCAAUCCAUUAUAUCAGAGGCAGCGAGCAAGUGAUAUGGGAUCCUCUGGAGGCACAGGGGGCAAUCCAUCGGGCUUGCGACGCUCUUUGGCUGUGGGACAUAAGCAUGCGGCAUCAUCGGCUGUAACAUCAACGCCAUCGCGUUAUACCAUUAAUCCUCAACUGUUUGCCACGCAAUCGACAGUUCCGCAGGAUCGUUUCCUAAUGCCAGCUCAUCGCAUUUUCGACUUGGCCGUGUGGGAUCAAUGUUAUUACCGUUGGCUGCCAGUGCUGGACAUUCGAGGUGGCGGACAGCCUCAGAUUGAUCUCUUCCAUCGCCUACUGUUAAGCAACAUAGCGAAAGUUCAGCGUUGUCUUGAUCUGCAGAACUUUGAUGAGCUACCCGAUGCCUACUACGAAGCCAUAGGGGAGGCGAAACCAAAAAGAUCACCAAUUGCCGCAACAGAGGAAGCUGUUGCCGAUCAAGAGCCCAUUGAGUAUGUGGAUGGUGUGGAGCGUCGUCGGAAAUCAAUGCCGCCGCCACCAUCGACACCUGCCAAUGGCCUGCAUACGGCAGUUAAUGGCCAAUUGCAACUGUCAUCGCUCUCGUCAUUCUUUCCCUUUGGCAAUCCCAUUGCUGGUGAUGCGCCGCAUCAGCUUUACGACAUUCUAAGUAGCAGCAAUGAACUGUUACUCGAAACCUCUUCCAUACUGGACAAGUCAUCUAUUGUGUGAGCCUAGCUCGCUGCUCGCUUAUUCGUUACUCGUUACAACAAGUCACAAGCGAGCCGGAAAAUGCCACGCGCACAACCUGUCGGAGGAGAAAACACUUGUUUUGAUUUCAAUAAAACUAAAAUGAAACGCUGAACUCUAGAUGUAUUAUACAUAAUCAAGCCUUUUUUUAUAUACACCCAUAUACCUAUACAUAUAUAUAUCACGUUAACACACUUUAUUAUUAUUUACUAAUAAGCAAAGUUUAUCUACUAUAA